GUCCUUCCUAUCUUCCGUGCUCACCAGAGUCUGACUGCGCAAUAAGACGACUCAUGCCCUCCCUUUUCGAAGACGGACCCGAGUGAGUAGAAACACACGAGGCUCAAGCAGCAGCUCUGAAUCGCCGGCCUGUCCACUGACUUCUGGGAUUUGUUGCUUUGGUCCAUUAUCCAGGUAUAAGGCUCGCCUCUCCAAACCGUAUGAGCUGCCUGCGGUGACACUCAAGGACAUACAUAAUGCGGUCCCAAAACACCUCCACAAAAAAAUACAUUAAAGGGCAUGCUUUCUUUUGCUAUUCACUCUAUCAGCUAGCCAAGUUCAUCGAUCCUUCUAUUACCUACCUCUCCACUAGCACUCGCUUUCAUCCCUUUACGCUUUCCUUACUUAAAUGGACACUAUGGUCCACCUAUUGGUUUUUCCAAUCGCUAGUUGGCGGGGGGAUCUUUUGCAUUGGCCACGACGCGGGCCAUGGGACUCUCUCCGACUACCAGCUCAUCAACCAUACCAUUGGCUACAUUGCGCACACUUUCAUCCUCGCACCCUACUGGGCAUGGAGGCAUUCUCACCACCUACAUCACAAGACAACAGGCUCAAUGGAACGUGAUGAGAAUUACGUACCGAAGACAAGGUCUGAGCUGAAAAUGGCAUCUGGGGAUAUGAUGAAGAGAGCAGAUUACGAAGAAAUCUUCGGAGAGACCCCGAUUUGGACUUUGGGUCGAAUGCUGGUCAUGCAGUUGAUGGGAUGGCAGUUGUACCUUACAUACAACACCCUCGGCUCACCGAUGUAUCCUCCAGGAACAAAUCACUGGUCCCCUUCUUCAGCGCUCUUCAAAAAAUCAGACCGCGUCCCAAUCCUCUUCACUAACACGCUCCUUUUCACAUGGAUCUCCAUUUUGGGUCUCUGGACGUACAACACAUCCAUUUCCACUUUCGUAAAAUACUACUUCAUCCCUUACCUCUUCACCAAUCACUGGAUCGUCAUGUUCACUUUCCUCCAUCAUACCGAUCCUACGAUGCCUCACUUCCGCAAAGACACUUGGACAUUCCUUCGUGGCGCAGUUACAACCGUUGAUCGCCCCUUGCUUGGCUGGAUGGGCCGUUUCUUCCUCCAUAACAUCUCCCACGACCACGUGGCUCACCACUUCUUCAGCGGGAUUCCGUUUUGGAAUGGUCCUGAAUUAAGCGAACAUGUCCGUAAGGCGAUGGGAAGUGACUACAAUGGGGACAGUACGAAUACGUUUAGGGCCUUGUACAGGAGCUUCACCCAGUGCGAGUUUGUGGAGGAUGACGGGGACAUUAUUAUGUGGAAGAACAAGAAAGGAGAGGCUGCGAGGAAAAUUGCUGGUACAAUAGAGGUGCCUUUGAGUGGUGACCAGUCCGCUGAGGCUGAUCGGUCACAGUAGGCGGGAUUCCCUCCACAACUAGAAUAUCCUGUAUAAUAAUCUUGUUUUAUCCCCCAUCUACAUAUGCCAUGUGGGUUGGAUCGAGACGGUUAUCUAUCAACUUUUGGGUCCGCCACUCGCAUGACGGCUUGCGAAGGCAUAAGGAU